AUGGACGAGACGAGCAGCAAUGAUCACCCCGAGGGAGAUCACACACCUAGCGAAAUGCCCGGUGCUGACGAAUCCGGCAAUGAACCAGCGACGGUUGGUAUCCCAUCCCAGGCACCAGCAUUCGGCGACUUGCUCGGUAUCCAUCACAGAUUCAAUGACGCCAACGAGUUCGUAACUUGCGUGCAGGCGUGGGCACGUGCCCGAGGCUUCACAGUGUCGCGGACGGGAAAGAACUUUUCGGAGAAAAACCCCCACCCUGUUCACGGUGGACGAGGUGCUAUCAUGUGGCGAUCCACCCUUUACUGCACGCACAAGGACCAGGCUUGUAGUGGCCGGUCGACGUGCACGUGGCAUAUCAAGUUCAGUUUUGACAAGGCCAAUCUGAACUAUUCCAUCACUUCCAUAGGGUUGGGGCAUAACCACAGUAUCACAGGAAUGCAUGUAAUUGGACAUGGCGUGCAACUGUUGACGCUGGAGAAGCAAUUAGAGCCUGACGAAAUCGACCGUGUUGUCGGCCUGGGCCGAUUCAACUUGCCCGUCUCCAAAGUCCGGGAAAUCAUGGACGCGUUGUAUCCAGAACGGAUGUUUUGUCCCAGUUUGCUAUCUCGGUUAAAGGACAGAGGACGGGUCCUACACCUUGGUCCGGAAGUGGACAGCAUGGGCCGCUUCUUUGAAAUGGGUUAUGGUAUGAAAGCCACCGGCGGCGUGUUCCACGUCAACCUAACGUCAGAAUUGCAGUUAAAUAGUGUCGUCAUGCAGCAACCUGGAAUGAUCAAGUAUGCAACGUCGUACUCCGACUUUGUACUGUGCGACGGGACACACAAUGUGUCGAUGUACGUCCUGAAGUUGAUGCCAUUUACUGUUGUCGACUGCCUUGGACGAAAUGCACUCUGCGGGGUGGCACUCGACGAGUCUGAAAACACCGAGACUGUGAAACUGGGGCUCGAGUUGUGUAAGUUGCACGAAGCUAACGCAACCCUCAUGACGGAUGGUGGCAGUGCAUAUCCUGGGGUUGCACUGGAUUUGGGCAUGAUUCACAUCUUGUGCACAAAGCACUUUGUGGAUGUAAUCCUCAAAGGUAGCACAGGGCUUAGUGGGUUGGCGAAGGCGGAGGGCAACGCGCUUGUAUAUGCCACGAUGUCCAAAGUUGAGUUCCAAACUCGCUUUGACAGGGCGAAAACGAUAUACGGCGAGUACAAGGAGGCGGACAAGGCAUUAUGCAGUAUAUAUCACCACAAAGAGAAGGUCUGCCGCGCUUUCACAGGCAACGUCGUCACAUGCAGCAGCCUGGUGACACAACGAGGCGAAAGCAUGAACUCUGUCAUCAAGGAAAACGCAUAUGGCCAGCAAACAUUCUUCAAGCGGAGUUGUUGCCGCAUGUGGUUCAAGUUGCCGGGAAGUGGUAUGUGUCGGCUUCGCAGUUCCACGACGUGGCAGACGCAGCGCAUCGGAUCAUCCUUGGCGAGGACGGUGGGCACCCAACUUGUGAUUGCUUUGCUUCUAAAAGAAGCAAGAUUCCUUGUGCUGGAAUUUGUCAGCUUGGGCCAACACAAGUUGCGAGUGUCGGUCAUGUCAAUAACAUCUGAGCUGCAGCAAGCGCCGCUGAGGGAGUUGCUCCGCCAAGAAAGUCGUCGGAACGGAAUCAAUUCCAACGAGAACAAGUCGAUCUUGUCCCAUCGAACGGCCCAUCCGGGAAAGCGCAAGCGUGUAUCCUUGACUCCACGUAGUGCGACGGUUGAAGCAAAGUCAUCAGUGGGAGCAUCAGUGUCCUCUCGUGGCCGGUUGCAAGUAGCCAAGCAGUUCGAUAACUUUGUUGUGUAA